GUGGGGGCCGGGCAGAGUGGUGGUGGUGGCGGCCAUGGCGGUCAUGGCGGCGGCGGGGAGCAGCGGGGGCCGGCGGCAAGUGCUGGUUGCCCCUCUCUUGUUCGUUCUCCUGCAGGUGGCGGGCGCCGCCUCAGCCGCCGCCCUGCCUCUAGUCAUCAACACCUGGGCGUUUAGGAAGGCCGCAGAGACAGCUUGGAGGGUACUACAGUUGGGAGGUUCUGAGCUGGAUGCUGUUGAGAAAGGCUGUGGUCAGUGUGAGAUUGACCAAUGUGAUGGGAGUGUGGGAUAUGGAGGAAGCCCAGAUGAAAGUGGAGAAACAACACUGGAUGCAAUGAUUAUGGACGGCAACACCAUGGAAGUUGGGGCAGUUGCAGAUCUCAGACGUGUAAAAAACGCAAUUGGUGUAGCGCGAAAGGUCAUUGAGUACACCAAGCAUACGUUAUUAGUUGGAGAGUCAGCCUCUCUGUUUGCUGUGAGAAUGGGGUUCCCAUAUGAAGAUUUAACUACCCCAAAAUCUCUUUCAUUGUAUUCAAAUUGGCUUAAUCAAAGCUGUCAGCCCAACUACUGGAAGAAUGUGGUACCAGACUCUUCAAAAUCCUGUGGACCAUACAAACGGCCUGAGAAAGUAAUUUGUAAAGAAGAACAGACCAUCUCACAAAGAAGUGCUCAUAAUCAUGAUACUAUUGGUAUGGUUGUCAUUGGUGUGGGUGGUACCGUUGCUUCUGGAACAUCUACUAAUGGUGCUGUUCACAAAAUUUCAGGCCGUGUAGGGGAUUCUCCAAUAGCUGGAGCAGGAUCCUAUGCAGAUAGUACAGCCGGAGGGGCCGCAGCCACUGGGGAUGGUGACAUCAUGAUGCGCUUUUUACCCAGUUAUCAAGCUGUGGAGUACAUGCGGAUGGGAACAGACCCAACAGCAGCCUGUCAGAAAGUUAUUUCCAGAAUUCAGAAAUAUGUUCCGAAGUUCUUUGGUGCUGUUAUAUGUGCCAAUACAACUGGAAGUUAUGGUGCUGCGUGUAAUAAAAUUCCAGGAUUCACUCAGUUUUACUUCAUGGUUUCUAGCCCAUUGCUAAGUAAGCCAACUAAGCAAGUAGUAGAAUGCAUUUAACUUUUUUGUUUCCUUUUAACAUCUAAACUAAGAGGAAGAAAGUAGUGAGGUUAUCCAGGUGUUAUUUUUUUUUAAUGGUUUUUUAUUUUCAUUGUUGCAUAAUCCUGUGAACCAGUACAAAGGUGUUUAUUAUGGCUUUGUGUAGUGCAACUAAGAUUCAUCUGUAGUUUUCUAAUGUAAUUACCUUGGUAACUUAUUUCAGCAUGACUGGUUGUAUAAUCAAGAGUGAGGUUUAAAAAACUGACUCAGUGUAGUCUGAAGGAAGUUAACAUAGCUGUGAAAUUAUAGUUUGUGGAGACAUUUUCACAGCAUAGGCAAUUCAGCUCUCUUUAACAACCUUACAUCUAAGUGAAAUGGCCAAAAUUGAUGUGCCUCACUACUUAGGUCUCUUCAAUCAUUAAUUUAAUAGACAUUAUGUUAUAUUCCAACUCAGUUUUUGAAAUUUUGCAAACCUGACAAUCAAACUGUUCUAAAUACCAUAAAAAGUUAUUUGUUGUAUAUUUACUUCCAAAUACUGCAAAGCUUCAUCUGCAUUUUUGGGAAACUGAAGCUUUGUUCACUGGAAAAAAAACUUUGAAAGAGAGCUCACAGAGUGGACAGAUGACCAUACAGAGACAAAGUGUGAAAUGGCUCUUACAUGGUCUCUCUAUUGUGGUCUCUGUUUUCGUAAGAACCAAGUAGCCAAAAGUGAUGAGCAGGAAGCAUUUGAUGGGACCUUUGCUUUGCCAUUUAAAGCGUAUUUGGCAGAAAUCUGGAAUAAAGGGCAGGGAGCAGGAGUGGUUCUGCCUCUCCAUGUGAGUCUUAUUUUGAGAAUACUUACUUGUAAUUGUAUUUACUCCAGUUUUUCUUUUCUCUUGAAACUGACAAACAAGGAAAGGCUUUUGAUGAGUAACGGAGGAGAUUUCAAACCUUUAAUUAAGAGAUGAGGGGCAUCUUUAUAACUUGUUUCAUAACAGCUGAGAAUACAUUUGAAUAGAGAGGAUAUCCAAACAUACCUGGUAGUUACAGGCCUCCAGGGAGUAUUGUGUUGACCCUAACUAGAAGUCAAGAAAGGUGGAAAUCUUCCUGCCAGGUUUUUUUUGUUGUUGUUGGGGUUUUUUUUUAAGUGGAAGUUAAUUUACACAUCUCAAUCAAUUAAUAUAAAAAUAUUAAUGAUUUCCUUGUCACUAAUAUGGUGGGCACUUGCCCUUUCCUGUAGCACAUCUACCCCUGCAAAGGAACAGUUGUAUGUGAUAAGUGUCACCUACAGCUGAAAAAGGUGGGUUUGUCACUUUCUGUGUCUAGAGAUACUAGGAUUGUUUUUAUUAGAAAUUUAGCAUCUUGAAGAUUUGUUCUGUAGGUACUGGAAAAUCUGUUUAAUCAUGUUCUUAAUUUAGUGGUUUACUCAUCAUUUGAUCGAAUCUUUGCUAAACUUGACCUCAGAAAAGUUAAAGGGGUGGGGGUUAAGUGAAAUGAGUGUGUUUCAUCAUCAACACUUUAACUAUUCUUUGUCUGCUUGAAUAAAAUCAUUGAGUAAUAAAAGCCCACAUUAAAGUUGUUCAGAUGCUUGUGUACGUGCUUUAGAAUUAUUAUUUCCUUAUGUUGUGAGUUGGUAUCUUUGAAAGUUGGCAAAAAAUGUUCAAACUAGAACAGGCAUUUUAAUGACCUGCUGGAAUUCAUCAAUUAUGUGAUUCAGUUCUGUCACUGAAUCUUUAGAGGAUCUUGUAGUACAGAGUUCACUGUGGGUCAAAAUAAGCUCUAGUCAAAGGAGCUCUUACUGCAUAUAUCUGCAGUGCUUACAUUUUCUGCCUGUCCUACAUACCACUCUUCUGUUGUAUCUGAAGCUAACUCAGGCAAUCAAGUGCAAAUAGAUGAUUAAAAUCCCAAUUAUUCUUACUUUGGAGAUUAGCAUUGUAGAUUGUGAAUGUAGAAAGUUCCGUACUGGCAGCUGAGUGGUAAUGUCUCAAACUGCUGCAGCUGAAUCCACCAGGAUUGAUUUUGGAGGGGUCACAGACAUUCAUGGCUUGUUUUCUAGUGCCCUUAUGCCACUUUGUGCUACUUGGUGUCUGCCUUUCAAGGCUGUGAGUGCCCAUGCUGAAGGAUCAUCAGAACUCAGUAACAGUGGACCUGAGGUCAUGAAGUUACAAUUCUAGCCUACUGCAUACGUAGGACUACUGCAUAGUCAGCUCAUCUGUAUGAACUUGUCUCCAUGAGACAAGUGUACCAAAAGAUGUGCUUAAAUAGUGUAGGUUGCUUUGUCACACUGAAUUAGCUAUAAAUGACAGGUUUAGUUUGUAUAAACUAUUUUAAUAUAUUGUUAAUUUGACAGUGCAUUAAAGUCUUUACUGUGGAACUUUCACUACAAAAAUGCAGGAAAAAAAUCUACAAAGAACAGGCAUAUUUGCAAGUUAGUGGUACAGUUGAAGGCAUCCUGUCUGUAAAGUGGUGUGGGCUUUCUUCAGUACAACUUUGUUUUAAAUUCGGUAGCUUCUACCUAACCUACUCUUCUGUGUUUCUGAAACUUCUUACCAAAUUAUUGCUUCAUUGAUUCUGAAACUUCUUACCAAAUUAUUGCUUCAUUGAUUGAAGACCGAAAAAGAAUCUUAGCUCAGUGGUCUGACUAAUAAAGCCAACUAUGCCAUGUCUUUUGCAUGCUUCUGAAUUGUUCUUUAAUAAAGCAAUCUCUAUGGA